AUGCCUACCGUUGUAUUCAAAGCCAAGUCCACCACCGAACUACUCGAUAUUCGUGCCCGUGAACAGCCCAAUGAUCCUGCCAUUUACACUGGCAUUUCAGAGCCAGAUGGCUCUCUUAAGCUGCGCUCACUUACCUACACUGAUGUAUUGAGGGCUGUUGACCGAAUCGCUUGGUAUUAUUCUUCACUUGGAAUCGCGCCCAAGGUAGCCGCAGGAGAAAUCCCGCCUACGCGUACCAUCGCUGUUUUCGUGACCUCCUCGGUCGAUGAAACCCUUCUUGAGCUUGCGCUCGCAAAAAUGGGACUCACCGCUUUGCUUCUUUCUGUGAACAACUCUGUUGCUGCCGUCGCACAUUUGAGUAAAAUCACGAAUGCAACCCAUCUGAUCUAUAGUCCCAAGUUCGCUGAGGAGGCCAAAGAAGCUCAAGCCUUGUUGAAGGGGCAAGGAGUUGAGAUUGGAAUCAUUGAGGAUAUGCGUUUUCCUCUCUGGGGCUCGCAAGGAGCUGCUAAAGCUGCGAUCAAGCCAUUUCUUCCUGUGCUUACUCCCGAUCAGGAAGUUUCUAGACCUGCAAUUUACCUUCAUUCGUCCGGUUCAACUGGCUUCCCUAAGCCUGUUUCCGUUAGCCAUUACGGUCUGAUAGCAAACAUAGCGCUCAAUCAGAACAAGACCGGGUUCAGUACUCUACCCGUCUUUCAUGGAUAUGGACACUUUGCACUCUUCCGUUGCAUGUACCCAGGACGACCCUUUACAUUAUUUCCUCCUCAUUUACCACUCACUUCCGCCAACAUCUGUGCUGUCCAUGCACUAUCCCCCGAUACUCGACAGUGUUUUGCUGUUCCCUAUGUCAUCAAGUUGCUUGGCGAAACUGAGGAAGGCGUCAAAAUGCUUGCAACCUUCGAUGUAGUGAGCUAUGCUGGUGCGCCGCUUCCGGAUGAUCUUGGAACACGUCUGACCGAGGCAGGGGUCAAUAUCAUUAGUAUAUACGGAACAUCUGAGACUGGAACCAUCAUGAACUCUGAGCGCGAGUUUUUGACGGAUAAGGGGUGGAACUGGGUUCGACCGACGACGUUAAGCAAAGACUUCAUGGUGAUGGAGCCUCAAGGAAAAGAUACAUUCGAAUGUGUCAUCAAAGACGGCUAUCCAGCAAAGGUAGUGUCGAACCGGCCGGACGGUUCGUUCGCCACGAAGGAUCUGUUCCAACGACAUCCUGAAGAAAAGGACCGAUACAAGUACAUAGGCCGCCUCGAUGACACUCUCGUACACAUAUUAGGGGAAAAGACCAAUCCAGUACCUAUGGAACUUUGCAUACGUGGGAACAGUCCAUAUGUAGCUGAAGCCAUUGUGUUCGGUGCUGGGCAACCGACGACAGGGUGUCUUAUCUUACCUUCAGAGUUGGCGAAGGAUCUUUCCGGCUCUGAGCUCAUGGAAAAGGUUUGGCCUGUCAUCGAAGAAGCGAACGCCGAGGCUCCUACCCACUCCCGUCUGCUACCCGAAAUGAUUGGCUUCCUUCCAUAUGGAACCCAUGUUCCAAUCGCAACGAAGAUGAGCAUUCUUCGUCCGGCUUGCUAUACCAAGUUUAAGGACAUUAUUGACGGUCUAUAUUCUCGCUUUGAAGCCGGUCACUCAGAAGACGAGAAGCUUCUCCUGUCCAAGCCUGAACUUGAAGACUAUGUUCUUCAGAUCAUCACGAGAACUCUUGGUUCUACCAAGGCUUCCAAGCUUGAUAAAAAAGCUGAUUUGUUUGCCUUCGGCGUCGAUUCUCUGCAAGCUACACGAGUCCGAAACAUUUGUCAGAAAGAAUUGGACCUUGGUGAUCAUGUUCUGGGCCAGAACGUCGUUUACGAAUAUCCUUCGGUCGAGCGGUUGGCGGACUAUAUCUUGUCGUUUCAGGGAGAAGCACAGUCACGCUUUUCUGACCAUGAAUCCAAAAUGCUCGCUAUGGUCGACAGAUGGGCUGCCAAACUUGAAUUCCACAAGCCGGAUGCCAGUGCGAAGCCAAAGCCCAGAAAUGCUCGUGUAGUGAUUCUUACAGGCGCUACCGGUUCCUUGGGUGCUCAUAUCUUGCAUCAACUACUCCAAGAACCAUCUGUACACAAAAUUAUCUGUUUAUCGCGUGGAAAGUCCCACGAAGAGUCUCGUGAGCGUGUUAAAGGAUCCCUGAAGUCUAGGAAACUUCCCACACCAGAUGACCACAAAUUCGACUCAUACGCGGCAAACCCCAACGUCCCACAGUUGGGCUUGACGGAUGACGAAUAUACUUCAAUCCGAGUGCAGGUGACGGAUGUAAUUCAUAACGCUUGGCCAGUGAAUUUUGCUCUCAGCAUUGAGUCUUUCGACCAACAUGUCGGGGGCUCAAUCAACCUCAUGAAUUUGUGCCUUCAAUCGCCCUAUGCCGAGCCCGCCGCCUUUUACUUUAGUUCUUCCAUCAGUUGCCGCCAAGGGUCUCCAGACGCGAUCUGCAUCGAAGACUACUCCCCCUCCCCUUCUACUGCUGCAGGUACCGGCUAUGCUCAAAGCAAAUGGGUUGUAGAGAAGCUGUGUCAGAAGGCUGCUGAAACUACCGGAUUGCCUGUCGGUGUACUACGAAUCGGCCAGAUGGUCGGUGACUCCGUGAAUGGUGUCUGGAAUGAAACUGAAGCGUGGCCGUUGAUGUUCAAGAGUGCCAACACUAUUGGCGCGCUGCCUACAGUUGUGGAAAACCCUUCUUGGCUUCCUGUUGACUAUGCAGGACGAGCUGUUGCCGAAAUCGUGUUGGUCGCAGACCGUCCGCAAUCCGUAGUAUAUCAUAUCGUAAACCCAAAUACGAGUGCUAGUUGGGAAGAUAUAUUGGACGGACUGGAAUACGCUGGAAUGAAGUUCGACCGACUGGAACCCUUGCAGUGGGUUGAGCGGCUGGCGCAUUCAGAUCAGGAUGGGGAGAAGAAUCCUACCAUCAAACUUCUGCCUUUCUUCCGUAUGCGAUACAGCGGUGGUCAUCACAAGCCCAUGGUAUUUGUUACCGAUAAAACCCAGACCAUAACGGACAGUAUACGAUUCGCACCGCCAAUCACGAAGGAACUGGUGCUGAAAUGGGUUUCGAGUUGGAAAGAGUCAAAGUUCUUGUAG